AUGCCGAUGGAGGAAAUCAUUUUUCUACCGGAGGAGGUGGAAAAGACUCUGGUCAGUUUGUAUAGGGGCAAAGCGGCGGGUCCGAAUGAAAUCCACUCGGCACUGCUUAGGCCUCUGAGAAAGGGCGUGCGAAAUUUUGUGCGAGAAUUGCGCCGACUGGUCAGUAGGACAUGGGAAAAUGAUUCGCCCUCGGAAUUGAAGACGCUGCUGGAACAACUAGUAGAAGAGUCCAUAUCAAAUAACAUACGACGGCAUCUGCUCCUGAACCCACCACCGGACUUGAAGAUGGCUGUCAAACGAGUAGAAGAUCUGGAGAAGCUGGAGGCGGCCACGGCAGCACUUCGAGAAUGCCUAGCGGUGGGACAUGAUGGUGCGCAAGAAGUCGGACACCAGCACUCCAUAGACAGCGAAGCACUCUGGGCCCAAAUCAGGGCCCCUGAGUUCAUGCCGGAGGAUUCGGAAGCGUUCCUCGCACUUCUGGGAUCGCGAUUCCAUGAAGCUCGCAUCACCGAGCAACUGUCCCGUCAUCAUAAGCUGUUGUCCGCGGUCUCGCGCGACAUGAUUAUCACAUGA